AGAAAAAUACCAGAGAGUUUCAAAAUGGGAUUUUCUAAGCUGGCAUUGAUCUUUAUAUUUCUAUUGCUUCAAUCUGACCUUCUAAUUCCAACAAGAUCCACGGUCACAGGUAGGCUAGCAACUCGUGGAGCUGGAGGUGGCGGUGGCCGUCGUGGUAGUGGUUUUGUUGGUGGCGGCAGUGGUGGUGGUAGAGCAGGAGGAGGACGCAGCGGCUCCACCGGUAAGGGUUGGGGUAACAAUGGCGAACGAAUUAAUCCUUCGUUCAUUCCAGGCGAAUCCACCACCAGUACUCAUCCAUACAGAUAUGCUAUGUUUCCAGUAUUAACUGGUGGACACACGGAACAUUAUCUACACAACCAGGGUGCUAGUAGCGGACAUACCCUUAACUGCACCAGGCCUCUCAGUUUCUUGGUCUUGACAAUGUUGAUCUAUCUCCUUCUUUCCCAAGUGUAGGAGCACGCACCAGUGCAUGUAUUUAACUGUGAUUAGACUCCUCUGGUUUUCUGUGUUCUUCUUCGCUGCAUCUCCUUUCCGCGCUUUUUCCCCUUUUGGUUAACCAGUAUAUAGUUGUUCCAGCUUUUAAUAUUUUAUGAAUUUGGAUGAAGUUUGAAGUAUAUAAGUAGUAAGUACCAUGUGAAAUAUUGGCGCUGGUUUGGUAACGAGUUACAUCAAUUUGCCAUUGUGUAUUUAUUAAAAAUCAAUUAAUAAAAUCAUUUCUAUGCU